AUGUUGACCACGCAGGCCUGGAACCGCUAUGAGCUGGCGAUGCACCUGCUGAACUACCUGCAUUUCGAGCUCGCCGCCAAGCGCCCGACGCUCGUCAAGGCCGACACGCCACGCACGACGCGCCUCCUGCAGCGCUGCACGCUCUUGCUGCACGCUCUUGCGUAUGGCUCGGCCAAUUGCCGCAUCUCAUGCCCCACCUUCCACCUGCAGACGUUCAUGGUCAUCGUGAGCGACUCGCAGCCGCCCGUCUUGUACAAGCGGCAAGAGCUCGUGCUCGACGACGGUGGCACGGUCUCGCUGGACUGGGCGCUGCCUUCGUCCGUCUCGGGCCACUCCGACGACGACAGCGCGCUCGCCGACCACGACGUGCCCACAAUCCUGCUCUUGCACGGCUUGUCGGGCGGGAGCCACGAGGAGUACAUGAUGCAGACGGCGGAGAAGUUCCUGCGCAAGGGGUACCGCGUCGUCGUCAUGAAUGCGCGGGGCUGCUCCAACACACCCGUGACGACGCCCAAGCUCUUCUGCCCCGCGUACACGCAAGACGUGCGGGAGGUCGUCGCGUACUUGCGCAACGAGCACAUGCACGACUCGACGCCGUUCCUGGCGGUCGGCUUCUCGCUCGGCGCCAACAUUUUGACCAAGUACGUGGGCGAAGAAGGCGCGAAUUGCACGCUCCUCGCGGCCGUCUCGGUCGGCAACCCGUAUGACUUUGUGGCCACCAACAUCCACAUCACGCACUCGUGGUUCCGUCGCCACGUGUACAACGCAGCGAUGACCAAGAACUUGCUCCAACUCGUCUUCCACUUGAGCGACGCCCACGAACAGCUCAAGGACCAUCCGGACGUCGACCUCUUGCAACUCGAGCAGGCCAAGACGCUGACGGACUAUGAUGAUUUGUACUCGCGCCACGUCUUUGGCUACGAGACGCCCAUGGACAUGUACCGCGACGCGUCGAGCAACGCCUACAUCAAGGACAUUGCGAUUCCGAUGCUCUGCGUCUCGUCGGACGACGAUCCGAUUUGCACGAACGCAGCGAUCCCGUACAAGGAGUGCCAAGAGAACCCGAAUAUCGUGCUUGCCGUGACGCACACGGGCGGCCACCUCGGCUUCUUCACGGGCAACGGGCUCUCCGCGUCGCCCGCGCGCUGGUGCGUUGACGUCAUCGAGCAGUACUGCUCCAGCGUCCUUGAGCUCGCCGAAGACGACGGACAUUUGACCAAGGAGUCGAUCAAGAAGGUGCAGUCGCUGCCCAACCUCCUUCAUUUAGACGCUGAAAUCGACGAGCCGGAAGACGUCGAGCCCGCGGUGUCAUCGCUCGUGUCGUGGGACGUGCUGGGCUACGCUGCUCUUGGCAUUGGCGCCUACAUGUGCUGGAAGCGCGUCGUGUCGUGA